CCGCAGAGCUGGAGUCCGUGUUGUGUUUACUGACAUCUUCAUCAUCAGCGUCAUCAGCGUUAGCAGGAGCAGCAGCCUGACGGGAAAUAAUAACCAUUACACCGAGGAACAAAUUUACAUCCAAUUCACUCAUUUUAACCAACAAAAGGCACGGUUUCGCCACUGAAUCCAACUCCUUUUAUUCACUGACAGUCUGAAGAAGAAGAAAAAGAAGAAGCGGCAAACAUGUUCUACACCUGUGGUCCCAACGAGGCUAUGGUGGUGUCAGGUUUUUGUCGUUCGCCUCCCAUGAUGAUCGUCGGAGGUCGAGUGUUUGUCUUCCCCUGUGUUCAACAGAUACAGAGGAUUUCCCUGAACACUCUGACUCUGAACGUGAAGAGCGAUAAAGUCUACACACGUCAUGGAGUCCCUGUCUCUGUGACAGGUGUCGCCCAGAUGAAGAUCCAGGGUCAGAACAAGCAGAUGUUGGCUGCAGCCUGUCAAAUGUUCAUGGGGAAGUCGGAGGCGGCGAUUUCCCAGAUCGCCUUGGAGACACUGGAGGGCCAUCAGCGAGCCAUCAUCGCUCACUUGACUGUUGAGGAGAUCUACAAGGACCGUAAGAAGUUCUCGGAGCAGGUUUUCAAGGUGGCUUCCUCUGACCUGGUCAACAUGGGCAUCAGUGUGGUCAGCUACACGCUCAAAGAUGUUCAUGACGACCAGGAUUACCUGCAUUCACUGGGGAAAGGUCGCACAGCCCAGGUUCAGAAAGACGCUCGAAUCGGAGAGGCCCAGAACAAGAGAGACGCUGUGAUCAGAGAAGCCCAUGCAAUGCAGGAGAAAAUUUCCGCUCAAUACAAGAAUGAGAUCGACAUGGCAAAGGCUCAGAGAGACUAUGAGCUGAAGAAAGCAGCCUACGACAUCGAGGUCAACACUAAGAAGGCUGAGUCAGAGAUGGCUUACCAGCUGCAGGUAGCUAAGACAAAGCAGCGGAUUGAGGAGGAGAAGAUGCAGGUGCGGGUGGUGGAGAGGACGCAGCAGAUCACACUGCAGGAGCAGGAGAUCACCCGCAGGGAGAAAGAGCUGGAGGCCAAAGUGAUGAAACCGGCUGACGCUGAGCGCUAUCGCCUGGAGAAACUGGCCGAGGCUGAGCGGCUGAAGUUGAUCAUGGAGGCUGAAGCCGAAGCAGAGUCCAUCAGAGUCAAAGGUGAGGCCGAGGCGUUUGCAGUGGAGGCCAAGGGUCGUGCUGAGGCUGAACAGAUGGCAAAGAAGGCCGAGGCCUUCCAGCAGUACCAGGAUGGAGCCAUGGUGGACAUGCUGCUGGAGAAGCUGCCUCUGAUGGCAGAAGAGAUCAGCAAGCCUCUGUGUGAGGCCAAGAAGGUGACCAUGGUGUCCAGCGGCGGCGGCGACGUGGGCGCCGCCAAACUGUCAGGAGAGGUUCUGGAAAUCAUGACGCGCCUCCCUGCGGCGGUGGAGAAACUGACUGGAGUCAACAUCUCCCAGGUGACAUCUCGCACAGGCUGAAGAGAAUCCACCAAAGUGGCGUCCAGGCAGAUCCACUCUGCCGCCGUCUUACCGUCUGCCUGGACUCUGUGCAUGAGUCGACCCUAAACAUAAAUGUUUCCUCUUAACCAGCCCACUCUCACAUCAUCUGUAUCUGCCUCCGUCGCCAUCUUGCUCUCAUGUUCCUGUGAGGUGACCGUGACAAAACUGUUUCAUUUUUUGCUAUCAGAUUUUCUCUUGUUCAAAGUAUUGUCCUCGUUCGACUACAGUUACAGUUAUUUCUUAUUAUUUAUUUGUAUAUAAUCUUUGUGUCCCCCAGUACAGCAGUGGAACAGCGUUCUCUGUUCAGUCAGAUUUUAAAACGUGUAACUGUAACCCUUGUGUAUCUCCUCGACUGUUGCUCUUUCUUCCCCCACUUUCUGCUUUUCUUCUGCUGUCACAUUAUGUGUGUGUUUGUGUCACAUGAAUAACAAAGUCUCCUGUCACUCCUCUGUUUGCGUCUCUGUCUGUAGCUGUCCAUGUCCACUGCCUUGCUGCCAAACCUUAAGUGCAUCUUAACAUGAAAGUUUUAAUGCAAACGGUUCAUAACCUCCAUUGACUAAUGUCACCCACGUUACACAAUCUAAGACUAAAACGUGCAGCUUCUCACAUCAUGUGUUUAUGUCUGAAUUCAUAUUAACUCUACAUUUGACAUUAUCAUGGAUGCUUGCAGACUUAAAGGUAAUCAAAUUUAUAAUAUCUGCAACAUUUUAGUGGCUAAAAUGUGUUUAUUUUUUAUUAAUUUGUCAUUGUUUUUGCUAUCUAUAUGUAUGUCUAUGUGUUUUCCACUCACGAUUUCCCUAUAGUCUUGUUUUGCUGUUCUUUUUCUUUUGUUUUUGGAAAAUAAUUAGUUUUAGGACCCUUUACUUGAGGUAAUCCAGUCUAUGCACUAAAUAACAAAUGUGUAUUCCUUCAUUUAAGGUUCUUAAAUUGCAACCUCAAUAUUCUACAUUAAUUAAAACAUUUGUCCCUUUCCCUUUUCCUGGAAGUUUACCUUAAGUAAAGUGGUGCCUUUUGUCUUAUUGCUGGAGAGCCAGUUAUGUAGCAGUUCUCAUACUUGUGUGACUUAAAGUUUGGAAUUGAAGGUGAAGGUAAAGUGUUGAAAAUUAGUCCUUAAAUCAUAACCUUUCCACUCUUAUCGCCCUCUACCUCACUGUGACAUCUGGAAAACCCAUUUUUUUAAUGUUUUUUCUUCAGUGUAAUUUCUUGUAACAAAAUUAACUGCAUGUCUUAUUUGAAUGAGCUGUGUUUGUUUUGUUUUUUUGCCUUUUCCUCCAUGUCAGUGGCCCUAAACGUCUCAGUAUCUGCUCGUAAUCUCACUGCACUGCCACUAUGGUACAACCAAAUGUAUUCAGAAUGGCUUUCUUUAAAAAAAAGGUGAAUUUAUUUAUAUCUACUGUUAUUAUACAGGCAUUGAUGCCUGUCACACGCUUUGAUGAUUAAAAUCUGCAAACACGUGUGUUUUCAGGACAUGUUGCUUCGCUGCUUCACUGUCAGAUUAUCGUAGAUUAUUUAUUGACUAGCUAAAGACACGGAAAACGUAACCUGUGUGUGUGCUUCUCUGAUGGAAUGUCUCAAGUGUAAUGAAGUGACACUAUGUAUGGAUGUAGAAGUAUUUAUACGAUAUAUACAGUAUAUAUUUGAUAGUUGGGAGUAUUAGUAUGUCGCACUGUUUGCUUCACAAAUCACCAUUAACAAUUCGACUAACAUUUACUAACUGCGGUCCCCGUGCUUUAUUUAUAAAUGUGGCGAAUCUAGAGUUCUGGGUGUUCUCUGUAUAAUUUCAAGUUACAGUGUAAAAACGAAAUGGAGGAUAAUAGUGUGUUGCAUUUUAAUUAGUCUGUUUUCAACUGUGUACACAAUAUGCUCGUCAUUAAACUGAAAAGGGAGAAAAACAGAUGUUUUUUCUUUUCUCUUUCUGAUAACAA